ACAUACUUUCUCUAAUCUGUGCAGUUGACCUGUUUUAUUUUUCAUUGUUACGUUUUUCCUUUAUUUCACAUAAUAUUUAUUAAAUUAAUUUAUAUCUAUUCGAUUAUGAAAUGAAAUUGAAAUAUCACACACGAACAAUUCAGUUUGAAAUCUGUGCUUUUACAGUUUUUGUAAUUGGCUUCUAAACGAAUUAUACAUAAACAUUUAUCAGUUGUUACACCUAUUAAAAAUGGAUCGAGAAGAAGGUGAAAUGAGUGAUGACAAUGAAAUGCUUGUCGAUGAUGCAAAGGAAGAUACACCUGCUAGCGAUUUUAAAUGCACCACGUUGUAUAGAGCUGGAAAGGAGGGUAUAUUUAUACAGAAAUUGGAAAAAAUUGAUGCUUCAAAAAUAGAAGAAAGAGCAAAUCGAUUUGGCUUAAAUUUGACUGGAAAUAGGAUAGUGACACAAAGGCAAAUUGAUGACCUUUAUACCAAUUGUGGCAUUGAGAGUGGAAAUGAAAGACACUUUCGUUUUGAAGCUAUUCAUUUACAUGGUGUUAAUGGAUUAAAUACUAGAGAAGUAUUUGAAUAUUUAGAGGAUUAUAAACCUGUUUCUUUAGAAUGGUUAGAUGACCUCUCUUGUAAUAUUGUUUUUCAAGAUCAUAUCACUGCUGCAUUGGCUUUAUUAGUACAUUCUCGUGAAAUCAAAAGUGAAGAAAUCAAAAAUGUGCUUUCUGAAAAAUCGCAUCAUUAUUGGAGGGAAGGCAUGCCGCAUCCAAAAAAUGAUUUAAUAUUAAUGCGUUUUGCAACUAAUGGAGAUAAGAAAAUGACCAAAAAGCAAUUACAAAAUAAAUACAAAAAUAGUAUCUAUGAACAUAAUAUGGAUUCUGUUAGUAAAAAUCCUUGGGGAGAUCUAUGCAAAUCAUGGGGUGUUUAUGAUCACCAAGAAGUUUUCCAAAGAAAACUGCCAAAGAAUGAUUAUAAAGAUGAAUUAGAAGAAUCUAAUGAAGUGGUGCAAAUUAAAAAUAAAAAACUAGCAAUGCGCCUUGGUAAAAGAAGUUAUAAAAGUGAAGACAGUGGUUCAGACUCAGAGUGGAAGAAGAAAUCUAAGACACCCAGAAUGAGAAUGCAUGCUGAUGAUGAAGAAACAAAGAAAAAGCAAGUUCAAAUAUCAAGGGAAGGAUCAGAGGAAAAUGAAACUUAUCCACCAUUAUCUAUUGAAGUGGUCAAUUCUCAUAGUAGUUAUGUACCGAGGAAUCCAACAAAAUUAUCUGAUAAAUUUAGAAGUAAUAAAAAUAAAGUACAAAAAGAUAGAAUUCACUCUAGAUUAGGUGUUAAAGUAAUUCCUCAAGAGGAUCCCGAGUACAGUGAUGAUACAUCAUCAGAUAGUGCUGAUUAUAACAUCAUGAGUAGAGUUCAAAAAGUUAAUAGUAAAAAUGAGGUUAGUGUGUGGUCUAGAUUAGAAACUAAGCAAAGUAAUAAAAACUCACAAAAUGAUUUGAGACAAAUUUUAAAAUCAAGAAAACAUGACGAUCUUCGUGAUAAAAUUGGAAAAAUGAAACAGUCUAAUUUACGUAUUGAGAUAGACAAUACCUAUUGUAAAUAAUAAUUUCAAGUAUUUGAUCUUAAUUUCUAAGUAGUUAAUGUUGACUUGAACUAAUGAUGUCUAUCUAAUAUUUAUAAUUUACAAUUAAAAAAUAAAUAAACAAGGUGAUUAAAGAUGCCAUUGGUAUAUUUUUUUUUAAAUAUAAACGUAUACAUUUUUUUGUUAACAACAUUUAUGUACCUUACUUGUAUUAUUAUACACUCACGACAAUAAUUUCACAUUAAGUAUUAUCAAAUAUACACACAAAUAUAUUUGGAAUUUGUAGUAGUCUUUAAAUUAUUGCAAAUUAAAUCUCCAGCGAACUGUAAAAUAAUUUUUCGGAAUAUCAUGAAAAAUAUUUUUUGAAUUUUUUCUACUAAAUCGAUACCAUGAUCACGCGGUUUCAAUACAAAGUUCAUAAAAUUAUAUACCUACUAUGUUCCUUGUGGAAAAUCUGUGGUUUCACAAAUAUUUUUAUAUUUACUCUAACUUUAUACCGACAAUUACAUACUGUAUAGAAAUGGAACUGUACUGAUAUUUGACUUUAAAUUGUUAGAACUGGUUUAUUUAUUUUUUAUUAUAAUGAAGUGAAAAAAGUAAACUUUACCUACUUCUAUUAUAGUUUUACACAAAAUCAGUUUUUGUAAAUAAAUCUUAAAUAGCAAUUAAAAUAUAUAUUUCUUAUACGUA